AUGAAGUCGGCGUCCAGCUCUCGCGGGGGCGGGUCUGGUGGCCGCGGGGGCUGGGGCGGGGGCUGGGGCGGGGGCCGCGGCGGGGGCUCGGGGAAGGGAGGCGACGGCGGCGGCUCGGGGGGGAAGGGCGGCUUCGGGGCGCGGACGCGCGGCUUCGGCGGCCGGGGUCGGGGGCGCGGCGGCGGGGACAGCAGGGACCGCGGCGGCAGCGGGCAGCGGCGCGGCGGCGUGGCCAAGAGCAGGAGCCGCCGCAGGAAGGGCGUCAUCGCCGUGUCGGUGGAGCCGCACCGGCACGAGGGCGUGUUCAUCUACCGCGGGGCGGAGGACGCGCUGGUCACGCUGAACAUGGUGCCCGGCCUCUCGGUGUACGGCGAGAGGCGCGUCACGGUGACUGAGAACGGCGUGAAGCAGGAGUACCGCACGUGGAACCCCUUCCGCUCCAAGCUGGCCGCGGCCAUCCUGGGCGGGGUGGACCAGAUCCACAUCAAGCCCAAGUCCAAGGUGCUGUACCUGGGCGCCGCCUCCGGGACCACCGUGUCCCACGUCUCCGACAUCAUCGGCCCGGAUGGCCUGGUCUACGCCGUGGAGUUCUCCCACCGCGCUGGCCGCGACCUGGUCAAUGUGGCCAAGAAGCGAACCAACAUCAUCCCGGUCCUGGAGGACGCGCGGCAUCCGCUCAAGUACCGCAUGCUCAUCGGCAUGGUGGACGUGAUCUUCGCAGACGUGGCCCAGCCAGACCAGUCGCGCAUCGUGGCUCUGAACGCCCACACCUUCCUGCGCAACGGGGGCCACUUUCUCAUUUCCAUCAAAGCCAACUGCAUAGACUCCACUGCGUCCGCCGAGGCUGUGUUUGCUUCUGAGGUGAGGAAGUUGCAGCAGGAGAACCUGAAGCCUCAAGAGCAGCUGACCCUGGAGCCCUAUGAGAGGGACCAUGCUGUGGUCGUCGGGGUCUACCGGCCCCUUCCCAAGAGCAGCAGCAAGUAGCAGCCGGAGCAAGCUUCGCCUACGGUCUCCCCAAGACUUGCGUGGGGCAUUCUUACGUAUAUGUUGUGUGUGUGUGUUUUUGUUGUUUUUCUAUUAAACAGGAUAAAGAAACGUACACAGUACACUAUUAGUGAGGCCAGACAGUUCGCUGAGGUAGCAAUCUA